AACGUAUGUUUGAGUUUGCCUAAGGAGAGCAUUUGUUUUGCUUUUCGAACAUUUGUUAACAUUUGAGAAUAGAAUCUACAGAAUGAAAUGUGUAAUGUAGAUAUGAUUAUGGUUGUCAAUUAUGAGAUAUAAAGGCCAAGAAUACGUAACACUAGUUUUACUGGCUGCUGUUAUAUACUUUUAUAUUUCAUGGAAGAACAGAUCGAUACUAGUUCCGAAUGUAUACACAGUUCCGAAUGUAUACACAGUCAAAGAUAAAAAGAUGAUAAGAGUAUGUAGACGUGAUGAUCUGUAUGCAUAUUCAGCGGUAGCAAAGCCGAGUGCAGACUGGACAAAGUACAUCUCAAUUAUCAUAACAUCCUGGUGUAAAAGAACGAAGACACAGUUUAACUGCUUUUUCGACCCUUCAAAUAAAACUGUUCAAACAGUUAAAGCUACUUCUAAGAAAAUUCCUUCAAUUUAUCGAGCAAAAUUGGUUGCAUGUCAGUAUGAAUGCAAGUUAGAAAAUACCUUCCAACAAAUAAAAGGCUAUGUCAGCGAAGUCGGCCUUAGUCCAUUAAAUGAUAUCCAGGCAGACACUUGUCCACAAAUAACCAAAGUUGUAUAUCCAACCAGACAUGCCGGUAAGAUGGCUAUAUGUUCUAAAAUGGCCUAUGGUACAAAGAAGGCAAUACAUUUGAUUGAAUGGUUUGAAUACAAUCGACUGAUGGGUGUAGAUCGAAUCAUAACAAUGGUCCAGUUGAUAAAUAGAGAUGCAUUUCAAGUGCUAAAAUACUACAAGGAAAAAGGAGUGUUAGACAUGGACCUUUUUCCCUCGCCAUUGCCAGGAGAAAGCACAAGUAUGUCUUCGAUAGAAUAUGAAUGUAUACAUUAUUAUUUUCACCAUUAUAUAAAUUAUAUAUAUCAUGCUUCCGCAAAUAUGCAAAUUUAA